AUGGUUAAGGCAGUAUUUGGCGGAGGCAGCUUCAUGGACCAGGGCGCCAUGGGCAGCUUCCCCACCACAGACAAGGUCUCUGAGGCCAUUGACGUCCUCCUCGCCUCGGGCGUAACCACCAUUGACACAGCGCGCAUAUACCCGGGCUCAGAAGCUGCUCUCGGUCGACAAGACAAGCGCACACAAUUCACCAUCGAUACAAAGGUACCUGGCGGCUUUGCGCCGGACACAGCACACAAGGACACCAUCGUCGAACACGCGAAGGAAGCCCUUGAGAAGGUAGCCAUCAAGCAAUUCGACAUCCUCUACAUCCACUCGCCCGACCCAGACAUCCCCCUCGAUGACACACUCGCCGGUAUCAACGAAGCCCACAAGCAGGGCAUCUUCAAGCGCUUUGGACUGAGCAACUACGCGCCCCAAGACGUGCAGCGCGUAUACGACCUCGCCAAGGAGAAGGGCUACCCGCUUCCGGAAGUCUAUCAGGGCAACUACAACCCCGUGGCGCGCCACCUUGAGAAGGACCUCUUCCCCGUGCUGCGCAAACUCAACAUGGUAUUCUACGCCUACUCGCCGCUCGCGGGCGGCUUCCUGACCAAAUCCGCCGCCGAUCUCGACGCCGGCGUGGGGCGCUUCGGCAAAGACGCCCUCGGCGGCAUGUACAGCGGCAUGUACGACAAGCCGAGUCUGCGCGAGGGACUGAAGGCGUGGAACUCCAUUGCCGAAAAGGAGGGCGUUAGCAAGGCUGAGCUGGCGUACCGCUGGGUUGCCUACCACUCUGCGCUGACGGAGGAGGGCGAUGGUGUGAUCUUCGGCGCGAGUAAGCUUAGCCAGAUUGAGCAAACGGCGGCGAGCAUCAAGAAGGGCAAGCUGAGUGACGAGGCGGCUAAGAACAUCGAGCAGGUUUGGGACACGGUUAAGGCGGAGGCGCCGGUGGACAACUACGUGUGGUCAAGGGGCAGUAAGUAG